GCUGGUAUAGCUACUUCUAGUUAGGCCAGAGGAGGUAUAGCUACUUCUAGUUAGGCUAGAGGCGGUAUAGCUACUUCUAGUUAGGCUAGAGGGGGUAUAGCUACUUCUAGUUAGGCCAGAGGGGAAAGCUACGUCUAGUUCAGCUAGAGGGGGUAUAACUACGUUUAGUCACGCUAGAGAGGGUAUAGCUACAUCUAGUUCUCCGUUUAUCUGCAGCAGUGUCCCGGGUCAAGCACGUUUUGGACGGUUGGUGUGUCCUCUGUAGUGAGAUACUGAGCACGCUCAGUAGGCCAGAGUAGCGGACAACAUGGCCGUCUCUACUCAGCUUGGUUUACUGCUGUGGAAGAACUUCACGUUUCGCCGCAGACAGACCGUCCAACUCCUGGUGGAGAUCGUGUGGCCUCUGAUCAUCUUCUUCAUCCUGAUAUCCGUGCGGUCACACUACCCAGCCUAUGAGCAACAUGAGUGCCACUUCCCCAACAAGGCGAUGCCGUCAGCGGGCACCCUGCCCUGGCUGCAGGGCAUCAUCUGCAACGCCAACAACCCCUGCUUCCGCUACCCCACACCGGGAGAGACCCCGGGCGUGGUGGGCAACUUCAACGACUCCAUAAUCUCUCGUCUGUUUGUGGACGCUAAGAAGAUCCUGCUCUUCACCCAGAAUGACCGCAGCAUGGAGGGCUACAAGGGGCUGGUCCGGGCCCUCGCAAAGCUCCAGAAGAAGACCGCAGGUUUUAAGCUGAAGGACUUCCUGAAGGACGAUGAGACAUUGUCUCAGUUCCUGCACCACAACGCGUCCCUCCCUCACCACGCACUACGACAGAUCCUAGAGGCUGAUGUUAACCUGGAGAAGGUGCUGACCAAAGGGUUCGGCUUCCACCUGCGGGAUCUGUGCAACGCCACGUCCCUGGAGGAGUUCGUCCACAUCGCCGACGGCAAAGUGUCCCAACUCACACAGGACAUCAUCUGCAACUCCUCAAGCGACUGGCUAGACAGCGCCCAGAGUCACUUCCUGUCCAACCUGGACUUCCUCAAACCCAUCAGGAAGGAUGUGAGGUCGGACCCCAAAGUGGUACAGGACGUUUCCCUGGCAACGGACAGCCUUCUGGAGAGCCUAGGAUCACUGGCUGUGGAGCUGGCCAGUAUGGACAGCUGGCGGGACCUCCGUCAGGAGGUGCAGUACCUGAGCUCCCCCCUGCCCCAGGGCUCCCCCGGGCUGGUCUACCAGGCCGUGUCCCGCAUCGUGUGCGGUCACCCUGAGGGGGGCGGCCUGCAGAUCAAGUCCCUCAACUGGUACGAGGACAACAACUACAAGGCCCUGUUCGGUCACCAUGGCAACGACAGCGACAACGAGCCCACCACCGCCUACGACAACACCUCCACCCCCUAUUGUAACAGUCUGAUGAAGACUCUGGAGGCCAGCCCGAUCUCCAGGAUGAUCUGGAGAGCUCUGAAACCGCUGCUGAUGGGAAAGAUCCUGUACACCCCCGACACGCCCGCUACACAGCGCAUCAUACACGAGGUAAACAAGACCUUCCAGGAGCUGGGGGUGCUGAGGGACCUGGGGGGCAUGUGGGAGGAGAUGAAACCCAAGGUGUGGAACUUCCUGGAGAACAGCAGCGAGAUGGACAUGGUCCGGACGCUGCUCCAGAACAACGCAAGCGCGGCGUUCUUCAACAAUCGCCUGGGCGACACCCAGUGGACCGUGGAGGACGUGUCCCACUUCCUGUCCAAGACAGCAGAGGUGGUGGGGGAGGGGGCAAAACGGGCGGGGGGCUACACCUGGAGGGAGGUCUUCAACGAGACUGACCAGGCCAUCCUUACCGUCUCCCGCUUCAUGGAGUGUGUGAACCUGGACAAGCUGGAGCCUGUUGCUAACGAGGAGCGGCUGGUCAACAAGUCCAUGGGACUCCUUAGCAACCAGAAGUUCUGGGCGGGCAUCGUGUUUCCCGACAUCGCCCACGGCAACGCCUCAGACCUGCCCGCCAAUGUCAACUACAAGAUCCGCAUGGACAUCGACAACGUGGAGCGCACCAAUAAGAUCAAGGACGGGUACUGGGACCCCGGUCCCAGGGCGGACCCCUUUGAGGACCUGCGCUACAUCUGGGGCGGGUUCUCCUACCUGCAGGACGUGAUUGAGCAGGGCAUCAUCCGGGCGGUCACCGGGUCCAAGGAGAAGACCGGGGUCUACUUCCAGCAGAUGCCCUACCCCUGCUUCGUAGACGACGUCUUCCUGCGUGUGAUGAGUCGCUCCAUGCCCCUGUUCAUGACCCUGGCCUGGAUGUACUCGGUGGCCAUCAUCAUUAAGGGCGUGGUCUACGAGAAGGAGGCGCGGCUUAAGGAGACCAUGCGGAUCAUGGGAUUGGACAACGGCACCCUGUGGCUCAGCUGGUUCAUCAGCAGCCUCAUCCCCCUGCUGGUCAGCGCCGCCCUGCUGGUGGUCCUGCUCAAGAUGGGGAACCUGCUGCCCUACAGCGACCCGGGGGUCAUCUUCCUUUUCCUGUCGUGCUACGCCGUGGUGACCAUCAUGCAGUGCUUCCUCAUCAGCACGCUGUUCUCCCGCGCCAACCUGGCGGCGGCGUGCGGGGGCAUCAUCUACUUCAUGCACUACCUGCCCUACGUACUGUGUGUGGCCUGGCAAGACUACGUCAACUACACCGCCAAGGUCCUGGUGAGCGUCCUCUCCCCGGUGGCGUUCGGCUUCGGCUGUGAGUACUUUGCGCUGUUCGAGGAGCAGGGCGUGGGCAUCCACUGGUCCAACCUGCUGAACAGCCCCCUGGAGGAGGACAGCUACAACAUCACCACCUCCAUGUGCAUCAUGAUGGCCGACGCCGUGCUCUACGGGCUCCUCACCUGGUACAUCGAGGCCGUCUUCCCCGGCAUGUACGGCAUCCCCAGACCCUGGUACUUCCCCUUCACCAGAACCUACUGGUGUGGAGAGAAGCAGAACACCAACGUCGCCGGCUCUGAGGGCGACCACGGCAACGCCGAAGCCGUGUGCGUGGAGGAGGAGCCGUCGCACAUCGAGCCGGGCGUGUACAUCAAGAACCUGGUGAAGGUGUAUAACCACGGCAACAAGCUGGCCGUGGACGGGCUGACGCUGGGCUUCUACGAAGGACACAUCACCUCCUUCCUGGGACACAAUGGAGCCGGCAAGACCACCACCAUGUCGAUCCUGACCGGCCUGUUCCCGCCCACCUCUGGCACCGCCUACAUCAUGGGGAAGGACAUACGCACCGAACUCAGCAGCAUUCGCCAGAACCUGGGAGUCUGCCCCCAGCACAACGUCCUGUUCAGCAUGCUGACGGUGGAGGAGCACAUCUGGUUCUACGCCCGUCUGAAGGGCCUGUCGGAGGAGAAGGUGAAGGCGGAGAUGGAGCAGAUCGUCAACGACAUGGGCCUGCCGCACAAACGCCAGUCACGCACCAGCACCCUCUCCGGUGGGAUGCAGAGGAAGCUGUCCGUGGCCCUGGCCUUCGUCGGGGGGUCAAAGGUCGUGAUCCUGGACGAGCCGACCGCCGGGGUGGACCCGUACGCCCGCAGGGGCAUCUGGGACCUGCUGCUGAAGUACCGCCAGGGUCGCACCAUCAUCCUGUCCACGCACCACAUGGACGAGGCGGACAUCCUGGGCGACCGCAUCGCCAUCAUCUCCCACGGGAAGCUGUGCUGCGUGGGCUCCUCCCUGUUCCUGAAGACCCAGCUGGGGACGGGCUACUACCUGACCCUGGUGAAGAGGGACUACGACCUGCCGCUGCAGUCCUGCCGCAACUCCGCCAGCACCGUGUCCUACAGCAAGAAGAAGGAGGACAGCGUGUCGGAGAGCAGCUCUGACGCCGGGCUGGGCAGUGAACCAGAGAGUGAAACCACCACCAUCGACGUGUCCCUGAUCUCCAACGUGAUCUUCAAGCACGUCCCCGAGGCGCGGCUGGUGGAGGACCUGGGACACGAGCUCACCUACGUGCUGCCCCACCAGUCGGCCAAGGACGGCGCCUUUGUGGAGCUCUUCCACGAGAUCGACGACCGCCUCUCCUACCUUGGCAUCUCCAGCUACGGCAUCUCCGACACCACCCUGGAGGAGAUCUUCCUCAAGGUGGCUGAGGACAGCGGCGUAGACGCUGCAGAACUCUCAGCCGACGGUGUGUUGCCCACCCGAUCCCGCCGGCGCCACGCGUUCGGAGACCACCAGAGCUGCUUGAAGCCCUUCACAGAGGAUGACUUUGAAUUCAACGACUCAGAAGAAUCUCGCGAGACGGACUGGCUGGGAGGGGCCGAUGGGAAGGGGUCCUUCCAAGUCAAAGGUUGGACGCUGAAGAGGCAGCAGUUUGUGGCAUUACUAUGGAAACGCUUCCUGUACGCCCGACGCUCCCGCAAAGGAUUCUUCGCCCAGAUUGUUCUGCCUGCUGUGUUUGUGUGUGUUGCACUGGUCUUCAGUCUGAUCGUGCCUCCGUUUGGAAAGUACCCGAGCCUGGCUCUGGACCCGGGGAUGUACGAAGAACAGUUCACCUUCAUCAGUAACGACGCUCCAGAGGACCUCCACGCCAGCAGACUGCAGGGGGCGCUGAUGGACAACCCUGGCUUCGGGACGCGCUGCAUGGAGACAGGACCGUCGCGGGAUGAGGCGUGUGCAGCGCUGGAAGAGGAUUGGUCGUUGCCUGACAUAUCGGCCUCGGUGCGGGACAUGUUGGAGAAUGGGAACUGGACCAUGGACCACCCCUCCCCCCUCUGCCAGUGUUCCUGUGAUGGACAGAAGAAGAUGCUGCCCGAGUGUCCCGCCGGAGCAGGAGGAAUGCCCCCCCCUGAGCUAAGGGUCACUGUGACGGACACGCUGCAGAACCUGACAGGGAGGAAUGUCUCCGACUACCUGGUCAAGACCUACGCCCAGAUCAUCAGCAAGAGCUUGAAGAACAAGCUCUGGGUGAAUGAGUUCAGGUACGGUGGCUUCUCAUUGGGCGCAAGGAGUGCCCAGUACCUCCCCCCCAGCGAUGACGUGGACGAGGCUGUGGCCCAGCUCAGGAGACGCUUCCGCUUGGAGAGGGGAACCUCUGCUGACCGGUUCUUCCGCAGUCUGUCCAGCUUCAUCCAGGGUCUGGACACAAAAAAUAAUGUUAAGAUCUGGUUCAACAACAAGGGAUGGCACAGUAUGGGCUCCUUCCUCAACGUGAUGAACAACGGGAUCCUGCGCGCCAGCCUGCCCCGGGGGAAGAACCCCGCCCACUACGGCAUCACCGCCUUCAACCACCCCCUCAACCUGACCAAGGAGCAGGUGUCCCAGGCCGCCCUGAUGACCACGUCGGUGGACGUCCUGGUGUCUAUCUGUGUGAUCUUCGCCAUGUCCUUCGUGCCGGCCAGCUUCGUGGUGUUCCUGAUCCAGGAGAGGGUGAACAAGGCCAAGCACAUGCAGUUCAUCAGCGGGGUGCAGCCCGUCCUCUACUGGGUGGCGAACUUCGUCUGGGACAUGUGUAACUACGUGGUCCCCGCCACGCUGGUCAUCCUUAUAUUCGUGUGCUUCCAACAAGAGGCCUACGUGUCCUCCACCAACCUGCCGGUGCUGGCCCUGCUGCUGCUGUUCUACGGGUGGGCCAUCACUCCCCUGAUGUACCCGGCCUCCUUCUUCUUUAAGAUCCCCAGCACCGCCUAUGUGGUCCUGACCAGCGUCAACAUCCUCAUCGGCAUCAACGGCAGCGUCUCCACCUUCGUGCUGGAGCUGUUCGGCAGCAACGAGGUGGGCGGCAUCAACGACAUCCUGAAGAACGUGUUCCUCAUCUUCCCCCACUUCUGCCUGGGCCGCGGCCUCAUCGACAUGGUGAAGAACCAGGCCAUGUCGGACGCGCUGGAGCGCUUUGGUGAGAACCGGUUCCGUUCUCCACUGGCCUGGGACAUGGUCGGGAAGAACCUGUUCGCCAUGGCUGUUCAGGGCGUGGUCUUCUUCUGCAUCACUCUGCUCAUCCAAUACCGCUUCUGCCUCAAGAACAGGUGGAGCACCAGCCACGUGAAGCCGGUGGGGGAGGAGGACGAGGACGUGGCCCGGGAGAGGCAGCGGAUCAUGGGGGGCGGGGGCCAGACGGACAUCCUGGAGCUCCGGGAGCUCACCAAGGUCUACAAGCGCAAGCAGAAGCCUGCCGUGGACCGCCUGUGUGUGGGCAUCCCCCCCGGGGAGUGCUUUGGUCUGCUGGGUGUGAACGGAGCUGGGAAGACCAGCACCUUCAAGAUGCUAACGGGAGACUCUGAUGUGACCAGCGGUGAAGCUUUCCUGGCCGGCAAGAGCGUAACUACGGAGAUGGACGAGGUCCACCAGAACAUGGGCUACUGCCCCCAGUUUGACGCCAUCAACGACCUUCUGACGGGCCGCGAGCACCUGGAGUUCUACGCCAUCCUGAGGGGGGUCCCCGAGAAGGAAGUCUGUGAGGUGGCGGAGUGGGGCAUCAGGAAGCUGGGGCUGGUGAAGUACGUCGACAAGGCGGCAGGAAGCUACAGCGGAGGAAACAUGAGGAAGCUGUCGACCGCCAUGGCUCUGAUCGGGGGACCCCCGGUUGUCUUCCUGGACGAGCCGACUACAGGGAUGGACCCCAAGGCCAGGAGGGCGCUCUGGAACGCCAUCCUCAGCAUCAUCAAAGAGGGCCGCUCGGUCGUUCUUACCUCUCACAGUAUGGAGGAGUGUGAAGCGUUGUGCACUAGGAUGGCCAUCAUGGUUAACGGCAGGUUCCGUUGCCUUGGCAGCGUCCAGCACCUAAAGAACAGGUUCGGGGACGGCUACACCAUCAUCCUGCGGGUGGCGGGACCCGACCCGGACCUGCGUCCCGUCAUGAGCUUCAUCGAGACGGAGCUGCCGGGCUCCAACCUGAAGGAGAAGCACCGCAACAUGCUGCAGUACCAGCUGCCCUCCGCCCUCACCUCCCUCGCACGCAUCUUCUCCCUCCUCUCCGGACACAAGGAGGCCCUCAGCAUAGAGGACUACUCCGUGUCCCAGACCACCCUGGACCAAGUGUUUGUGAACUUCGCCAAGGACCAAAGUGACGAGGACCACCUGAAGGACCUGCUCCUGGCCAAGCGGGACGCGGUGGCGGUGGACGUCUCCAAGCUCACCUCCUUCCUGGUGGACGAGAAGCACCGCGAGAGCUGCGUGUGAUGCCGCGCUCCGCCAGCAGGGGGGGAGGGGGGAAAGGACACCCUCCACCAGCAUCAAGGACCAGUGGACUAGGAGGGGCCAAAGGCCACCUCGUUUUUUUAACAAAAUGUUAUUGCAGAAUGUUUUGUUGCUUUUUUUAUACGUCUCCAAAUUGUUCAGUGGAGCUGUGGGCCGACGCACGGCCUCUGGAAGACGAGGCGGCGGCCCCGGACCCCCAAGGGACACAAGUACAAAUCAAUGCAAGAAGUAAGCUCCCGGGCCCCGGAGGACACAGCGCUGAAGGGCGAGGGGCGUCCCCAGGGGGGGCCCAGAGACUUGAACAAAGGACGGAGCACAGGAGGAUGGGGUUGGGGGGGGGGAACCAAUGGUGUGGCUGCGUCCUGGCGACCACUAGGCAGUAGACCUGCCGCUAGCGGGCAGCUUGAGGUUGUCGGUUCAAACACUUGAUGGUUAAUAGAGUUGGUUAUCUUUUUACUCGUGUAUGUGUGCGUGGGUGUGUACCGUGAAAUGACAACACUGUACUACAGCAACAACAGCUACACUGUACUCCAACAACGACAUCCUCAUCAACAACUGGACAAAGAUCAGUCCAACUCAAAGAAUGUUCCAACUGCCAACUGAUCAUCAUCAUCAUCGAUCAUCAGGCUAAUCAAUCGAGGACUCAUAGAUUGAUUGCUUUUAUUUUUUUAUUCAGGGUCUACUUUCUUGCUGGGCUCCUCUUCGUUACCUAGCACGGGUGUUUUUUAUAAUGAAGUCCAUAAAAUGGAUGAAAUCCUGUUCUAUCCUGUCGAUUUUAAAUUAAUGUAACCUAGAACUUGUUGGAUUAUUUCACUUUUGUAUUGCUUCGAAAAAAGAGACUUGAAUCGUCAGCGAGGGUAAUGUAAGACUUUGGGGCCGGACCUUUCUUAUGCAGAUUGUCACUGCAUUAGAGAAGCGUCCGUUUGUCCAGGUGUUCUGGGUUUCUGCUUCGUCAUAUCUUAAUAGGGUGUGUGGUCGUCGGUGUUUAAGCAGAUGGUUGUACUGCCGCUGAGUGGAAGCUAAGCUCAGAUUGGAGGAUGUUGGUGGAGGGUCCGCAUAGAUGUACAGGCCUGGGUCUGCAGGUCUGUAGCCAUAGGGGCCAGGCUCUUCAUGUCUAGAGGUGUACGGGCCUGGGUCUGCAGGUCUGUAGCCAUAGGGGCCAGGCUCUUCAUGUCUAGAGGUGUACAGGCCUGGGUCUGCCUCUAGAAUGUUUAUCCGAACUCUGUAAAAAGACACCAUCCAUUCAUGUCAACAGUCGUAGGUAAUGUGAUCACAGAGAAGUGCAACAUCAUGGGGGCUAUCUCACCUGUUUCCGCCCCCAUGGUGUGUGGACAUCUGUGUGUGUGUGUGGGGUCGUGUGCUGCUGUACAGUGAUGGAGGAACUUCAGUGAAGACGUAGCCGUGCCAAACAGAGCUCCUCGUCAACCAGCAGCCGGUAGGCUUGUGGUCCACCACACGCUCGUACUUUCUAGAUGUUUACGUCACAUUGUAGAACUGCCAUCCCUUCCCCUCCGCCAUGUGUACUGAACCUGACCACGGAGCGUGCACUGUCUCCAGAGCGUGCGCGGUCACCAGAGAGUGCGCCAAGACCUCGCCCUUCCCCUCCCUUCGUCUUCCUCAGAUAACCCUGUUGAUUGGGAGCUUAAGGUGAACCACCAACAUGUAUGGAGACCUUUUUAGACCGUGUUGAUGUUGCCCCCCAAAGUGAGUGCGUGUUACCCGGGACCAGCGCCUACCAGGGACCACAGCGGCUAACACGCUAACACGCUGUCCAUAGAGCUGCUGCACAGGGGGCUCCCAGCACGACUUCCAGGAAGUAGACCCCACCGUGACCCAUCAGCCAGCCCACUGCCUGGACACUUUACAGGCCAACAUCAGCCUGAAACGCAACACACAGAGAGCGCUCCCAAACUCUUAUUUUGACAGAGAGGAGGAGAUCAAAGGAGUGGUUUAUUUUGAAAGAGAGGUGGAGGAAAUGGAAGCGGAGGAGAAAGAUGGACCCAGGUGUCGUGGUGUUUUCUUCAAUAUUGUUCGUUUACAUUUCAAAGUAUUAAAUAACAGCUGUUUAAGUCUGUAACUUGUUGUAUAAAGUUAACUAUUUACAUAAAUAAAUAAAUUGAUACAUUUUGAAAAUAA